AUGCAGUUAUAUGAAGGCAGUCAUGACCUGAUCGACUGCUGUAGAAGGAAAUAUCACAAAAAUGAACCGAACAAUCCACCCAACAAUUCUCCUGUGAAUUUUUAUCUGAAGCUUGGUUCAGGAAAACUGGAUGCAGAGUCUGAAAGUGAAGCUUGGCACAAGAGAGAACGACUAGCUGCACUGAUUGCAAGGGGGCAUGCCAAACAGUAUCCAGAAAGUCUUAUGACAAAUACUAUGAUACUUGGAGAAGGAAUAUUGAGUACUACAGGUAUAUCGUCUGGUGAUAAGGUAGUUGUCGACGUGGACUCCAUUGUGACAGUCACACCAACCUCUUUUCCGACGACUGCCAUCACAAUAUGCGUGUGGAUGAAAACAAUUGGCUUAAACGACGGUACAAUUGUCUCCUACGCUGUUCCGUCAGAGGACAAUGAAUUCACGUUAUAUCGCCCUUAUGAUGUCAUGUUCGAGGUGAAGGGUUCCGGUGGUCAUUUCACAGAUUUUGUGGCGAGCGACGGUAUCUGGCACCAUGUGUGCGGCACGUGGCAGAGCAAUGACGGAGCACUGGUUAUUUAUAUCAAUGGAUAUUCAAGAAGAGUAGUUACCAAUGUAAAAACCGAUGAAACAAUAACCGGUGGUGGUUCCCUAAUACUUGGUCAAGAACAAGAUUCAGUUGGAGGUGAUUUUGAUUCUGAUGAAGCCUUUAUUGGUGAAAUUGCCUUAUUCAAUAUGUGGGACUACGUCCUGUCUCCUGGUGACAUUCUAGCCUCGGCCAAGGAUUGCCAUGGUUUAAUAGAAGGUAACCUGUUUUCGUGGAAAUCACAUGCAGAUAGCCAGAUUACUGUCACUGAUGCUACCGUACAACUUGCUGAUGUAUGCUCGGAUCAACCAGUUAAUGCUAGAUGUGCCAAGGUACAAAUGGAUCACAAUUCGUCUGUAGUGGUUAGUGAUUAUUCACCAAUACCACCGAUGUCCGAAGUCACUGCGUGUAUAUGGGUAAAAACUAGCGCGACAAACCAGGGGACGCCGUUCUCGUAUAGCGCCAACAAUGAUGAUUUAGAACUCGCAAUUGUAAAUACAAUGAACAUGCGAUUGUACGUAGACUAUAGCGAUGUUUCACCGACUGGCUACGCAGUCAACGAUGGGGCAUGGCAUCACGUAUGUACUACAUGGGAGUCCACUGGUGGGGAAUGGGUGAUCUAUGACAAUGGCGUAUCUGUAGGGUCUGGCACUAAUUUCAAAACUGGGGCUAUAAUAGAAGAAGCGGGCGAAAUGAUGCUUGGUCAAAAAAAUAAUGAUCCAUAUGAGGAAUGUUGCGCACUAGUCGGUGAACUGGCCCUUUUCAACAUGUGGGACUUCGCAAUGAAUGAGGUAAUGAUACAAAGUCUUUCAGUUGACACCGCUGAAGGAAAUAUAUUUGCAUGGAGAACGGGUUUAUUGUAUAUCUCUCGAAGUGCUAUAAUACUCCCCAAUGAGCUACUACAAGAGUGUAUGCCAAACAUCCUGUGUAAGCGUUACGAGGUAUUCACAAGCCAGGUUGAAUGGUCAUUGGCUAAAUUCAACUGUGAAAGUACUGGCGGAAGACUUGCAAUGAUGAAUACGAAACCAAUAUAUCAAAUGACAAGAGAGUUUAUAUUGGAUGGUCAGAUUGAUCAAGCAGUACAUCGUGGAUUCUGGUUUGGACUCGCUCGGGACAGUAACGGGGAGUUUAUUUGGUCUGAUGGCACACCAUUGGGUGAUUUCACAAGAUGGGCCAAGGGUCAACCAAAUAAUAACCAACAGAAAGAUAGUAAUGGUCAGCAAUGUGCUCAGCUCUGGUAA